CUGCGCUUUACUGGAGUCUGACAUAAGAACCCAAGAUGAUGCUUAAUACGGCAUUAUAUUUAUUGGCAAGCUGUGUGCUUGUUUCAACCCAGGGAAUUUGGAAACCAUCAAAGCCCACGAAUUCGGUGACCAUUCGGCAGAGUGGAGGAGGCUUUUGUGCCAACCAUUUGGUGGGUGAAUUCGUGGAGCACGCGGAGGACUGCCACAUGUUCUACCUGUGCGUUGAGAAUGGGGAUGCUGUCCUGGCUUCCUGUCCACCAACCAUGCUCUUCAACUCGGAAAGUCGACUUUGCGAUGCGGCGGGAAAUGUGAAGUGCAGAGAGGGCACGGAUACGAGUACGGAAAGUACUCCAAACAGCGGUGGCGAUGGUGAUCCUAACAACAUUGUCACAGAUGCCGCCACCUACUGUGCAUCUCUGAUGGAGCAGCAGUCCAGCGAUCGAAUUGUUUAUGUUGGCAGCUCGAGUAGUUGCAACAAAUAUUACAUUUGCUACUACGGCCAGGCGAUAUUGCAGGAGUGCAGCUCGCAGUUGCAUUGGAAUGCAGUGACUGCCAAGUGUGAUGUUCCGGAAAAAGCCCAAUGUUCUCUAGUCGGCCAGGAGGAUUCCCCAUCAAAUGGGAACUCCAACUUUCCGUCUAGCGAUCUCAUCCAUUGUCCGGCUUACGGACAACAUUUGUAUCCGCACAUGCAACGCUGCGAGUUCUUCAUUUAUUGUGUAAAAGGACACGCCAGCUUGCAGCAAUGUCCCUUCUAUUAUUACUUCGAUAUUGCCACCAAAAGUUGUCAAUGGUCGCGUACCGCCUUAUGUGUGCGCGAUUUGAAUUUGGCAACAUUAAUAAAGUAG